AUGUCGUCGACAUGGAUCGAUCAAGUCAGAUCAUCGCAUAAUCUGCAAUUGGCAGCUACAGCAGUCGCCUCUGGCUUGUUAGUGGGAAGUGCCAUCCUAGGACUUCAAAAGGCGAAGCAGCAACAUCGAGUUUCUGAUCUCAAAAGUUCAAUUCCUGAUCUUGACAAGGAUGAGAAUGUUGUAAAGAUUAACGAUUUCGGUGGUGCUAUGCAAGAUGCUUCGAGAUCGACGAAGGAGGAUGAGAGAAGUGCUGCUCUUGCUGCGAGGGCGCGUUUGGGAGAUUAUGAUGAAGAACUGAUCCUCGAACAAUUGGCUCGUAACCGUGUCUUCCUCACUGAUGACGGCUUGAAGAAGCUACGCAAUGCUUUCAUCAUCAUUGUUGGAGUCGGCGGUGUUGGCUCUCACGCCGCAGCCGCUCUUGCCAGAUCUGGAGCUGGAAAACUACGAAUCAUCGAUUUCGACCAAGUCACUCUUUCGUCCUUGAACAGACACGCUGUAGCCACACUCGCAGAUGUAGGAACACCAAAGGUUCACUGUUUGCGUAAGCGUCUGGAGCAAAUCACCCCCUGGACACACUUUGACUGCAGAAACGAACUCUUCGUCGGCUCAACAGCAGAAGCGCAAUUAGCCCCGUGGGCAGAUGGUCACAAGCCCGACUUUGUCAUUGAUGCCAUUGACAACAUCGACAGCAAAGUCGACUUGCUAGCUUACUGCCACAAGCACAACAUCAAAGUCAUUUCCUCCAUGGGCGCAGGUUGCAAAUCCGACCCAACCCGCGUCUUCCUCGGCGACAUCUCCACCAGCACAGACGAUCCUCUGUCCCGCUCUACAAGACGCAGACUACGUGCAAAGGGCGUCAAAGACGGCAUCCCAGUCGUCUUCUCCAGCGAAAAGACCGCACCUGGAAAAGCACAACUCCUACCUCUUUCCGACGAAGAACACGCAAAAGGCAGUGUAGGCGAACUCGGCGUCCUCCCAGAAUUCAGAGUCAGAAUCCUACCUGUUCUAGGCACCAUGCCAGCCAUCUUCGGUCUCUGCGUUGCAAAUCACGUCAUGCUGGCCAUCAGUGGCUACCCCCACGAAUACCUCCCUUCAAAGUCAAGAGACAAGAUGUACGACGGCAUCUUGGCCAGUCUGCAAGGCUCCGAAGAACGCGUAGCCCGCCACCUUUCCCAAGACCCCCUCGGUCUCCGCAUUCCCAUAACUGCAGAAGACGUCGGCUACGUGGUGGAAGAAGUCUACCGUGGACGUAGUGUCAUCUCUGGUCUAGCCAGCCGUCUCGCACUGACCCGCUGGCGAAAGCCCGAAGCUGGCUUUGUGGAUACGAGUAUUGCAGGGCAAAAGAGUUCGAAUAUCCAAAUCAAGGAUUUGGUGUGUAUGACAAAGGAUGAAGUUGUUCAGCAUGAGAAGUUGGUUCUUAAGGGAGACAAGACUCCUGAGGAGGUUUAUGAUGUCAAGGUUGUGAAGUUGGUGGAGGAGAGGAUGAAGGAGGAGGCAAAGUACCGCGAUUUGAGAUAG